GUGUUAGGCUGAAUGGCCGCCAUAGCUGCCUGAUAUAUCAGAUUCCCGUCAUGGACCCACGUACCAGUGCCCAGGAUGUGAUGCGAUGUGACCUGUGUGAGACUGCUGUGGUACAGAUGCACUGUGAUACAUGUCUUGUCAACCUGUGUACAGCUUGUGUAGGAAAACAUAUGAUCUCUGAUGAAUCCAAGGACCACAAAGUCGUCAAAUUUCAGUCCAGGAAAUCUACCCCCCUAUGCCCUGGAUGUACAACUCAUAGCAAAGAACGAUGUGAAAUGUACUGUAAUCAGUGUGACAUUCCUGUCUGUGUUUACUGCAUUACAUCUGAUCAACAUCUAGGUCACAAAAUUUUACCAUUAAUUCAGGUUUGUGUGGAAAAGAAAGAAAAGAUAAUCAAUGAAAGAAAUGAAUUAAAUGAGACAAUUUAUCCAACCUACCAGGACAUUGCAUCUGAUGUACAAAACAGAAUGAGUCAGUUAGAAAAGGAAUAUGGAGAUCUCUCAACAGCCAUAACAAAACAUGGAGAGGACUGGCACAGAGAAAUUGACAAACUUGUCAAGAAACUUAAAGCUGAAGUUGAUGAGAUGAAAAACACACAGUUACAAACUCUACAGAAACAUCUGGAUAAAAUAAACAAGAAAAUGUCUGACAUCAAGGAUGAAAUUGAUUCAGUUGAUAUUGCUUUAGACACAAAUGACAUGUCAAAACUAUUUAGUGCCGAAUCCAAUAUAAAGAUAUACAGAAGUCUUCCACACAAAAUAAUGCCAUCUUUACCUCAAUUCAUUCCAGGAAAAAUCGAAGCAGAUCAAGUUAGUAAAUUGUUUGGAAGUUUAUCAUCAAGUUCUUUAUCAUUGAAUAAACAUGGCUACGGCAUGACGACACCACAGAAAUCACCAGAAGCUGGAUUCUCUCCUCCAGUCAAACAGCUGCUUGAUGAACCAGAAACUGUCACCACCAUAGUCACUGGGUAUAGAAGUCUUUACAUUGUGGCCUGUCUGAAUGAGGAAGAAAUCUGGACAAGAGGAAAUGACAGCACCAUGAAACUCUACAGCAUCAAUCAGGGAUCACUCAAGUCAAUCACAACCAAGUCAGGGAACAAACCAACUGACAUAGCAGUGACAAAAAGUGGAGAUCUAGUUUAUACUGAUUACAGUGAUAGAACUGUGAACAUUGUGAAGAAUGAGAAGAUAGAGGAGGUGAUCAGACUACAGAACUGGAGUCCUCUGGGUGUCUGUAGUACCUCCUCUGGUGACCUCCUGGUUAUCAUGUACAGUGAUGAUUUCACACAAACAAAAGUUGUCAGUUACUCUGGCUCCACAGAGAAACAAACCAUUCAGUUUGAUGGUAAAGGUCAACCUCUCUAUUCUGGUGGUUAUUACAGAUACAUAACAGAGAACAGGAACCUGGAUAUCUGUGUGUCUGACUUAGGAGCUAAAGCAGUAGUGGUGGUCAAUCAGGCCGGGAAACUGAGAUUCAGGUACACUGGACAUACUCCUGCUCCAAAGAACAAAUCAUUCAAUCCACGAGGAAUCACCACAGACAGUCAGAGUCACAUCCUUACAGCUGAUUCUUACAAUAACUGUGUCCACAUCAUAGACCAGGAUGGACAGUUCCUCCGUUACAUAGACUGUGGACUGAGUGAACCCUGGGGACUGUGUAUAGAUACAAAUGACAAUCUGUUUGUUGCUCACACCAAAAAUAAGACAGAAGUAAUAAUCAAGAUUAAGUACAUGUACAUCAAGUAAAUUAUCAUCUACAGGAAUAUGUAUAUUAUAUAAAUACUUGCUAAUAUUAUUACAUAUAGUAAGUCAAAUUUGGACAGGUAAUUAACUGCAAAGUGCCCCAGUAUAUGGAUACAAUGAAUAACAAUUUAUUAUUUAAAUGAAGAUACCCCUGAUUACACUGGUGGCUUGGUGGCCUUUUUUUGGUAUAAAUGUGUUUUAUUCAGUAGUGCUUCUACUAAAUUUGUAAAAUUUACUUAUUGCCAGUUCACUGUGUGUUAUACAUGUUAUAAUGAACAGCGAGUCUUUUUUUACAAUUAGAUUUAAGUUUUAUUAAUAAUUAUAAUAGAGUUCAAAAGGAGUUUUGAAACAAUAUGCACUGCUAUUUUUUUCUUAAUUAUUUAUUUUUUAUUCAUCAUUUGUUCUUUAUCACUGUGAUCAAUAUGUACAGUACUUAAUAAAAUGAUCACUGGAUUAACUUUGAUAAAUAGGAUAAUUUAGUAAUAAGAACUUCCAACUUUUCCAUUAAAAAUUUAAUCUAUAAGGGAAAAAUUGAAAAUUAAAUCACUUUCAUUGAAUCAAAAUGUUUAUCGUACAAAUAUAAAAUUUAAAAAUUGGUUAUCACAGAUAUAGUAUGUUACUGGAAAUAUCUCCGAGCCGUCAAAUGCCAUUCAAAAAUAAAAUAUAACAGUACAUGCAUAA